AUGCUGAGCCUCCCUAAAACCAAGCUGCCUUUAGUAUCUAUUACUAGUGAAAGUAAAAGUAACAGCUGUCAUGAUCCCCGCACCGAAGCAAGUAGAGUGACAGUGCCUAAACAUGAUGAAAUCAAGAAAGAAGAAUCCAACUUGUUGAAGAUGGUGACCGAAAACAGUUGUUUGAUUUUGAGUGAUACAAUCAAUCAGGAAGGGGCAGAAGAUGUUUUGAUAUCUUUGGGUGGUGGUCCAUCAAUACAGAAUGUUUGUUCAAAACCAGUGGCAAGUGAUGUUAGCAACAUCUAUGGUGAGGAAUAUAUGGCUUUAGAGACUAAUUAUGAGGCGUAUUCAUCACAUACCAUGGAUAUUGAUGGGCUAAGCCCAAAGGCCCAACUUGUGUUAGAAGCCCAAUCUGAGUUUAUAGCCCGACUCCAAGAGAUCCAACAAAUUCAACCUAAUGUGGUCAACCCAGUCAAGCUCAUCAGGCUCAAGAAACCACUACAUCAACAAGGAGCAAACAAGGUCAUCCAAGAGCCUCCUCCUCUAUCACCUUGGAGUAAUGGUCAUCCAAGAGUCUCCUCUACCACCUUGGAGUAA